CACCGAUGGAAAGAAGAAGACGUGCAAAUGAACGCGAGCAGGCGCGAGCCCUAGCGCGAGAGUGCGCAACGAAGGCUGACAAGAAGAACCGGCGUCUAGCGAACGACAUGCCUCGCGAAGCUCCGCUCUCCAACUCCGACACGACUUCAUCGGUGUCACCGCUGGGUCGACGUCCCGAACCGGCGCAGACGGCGCCAUAUGUGCCGGCGGGCGCCCGCGCCCCCCAAUUUUAUCGGGCCGCGCCGCGCCGCUACACGGGCUUCGCGGGACUCGGCGCCGCCGAGGUCGCUCCCGACGUCAUCCUGUUCACGCCGCGUCGGACGCCGCCGAGCGCCCAGUACGCGGCCCCCGUGAUCCGUGACACGCCGUCUCCCGUGCGCCGGGCGUCCAUGGGCUUCGGGGAGACCCCCGAGGAAGAACGGGUGUGUAAGCGCAGCUGGGCCCUGUGCGCCGCCGCCAUGGCACCCGUCUUGUUCUCCACGUGGAUGUUGCUGCUGCCGUUCAUGUUCCGCAGCAACGUCACUAUCGUCCAGCUGCCCCCAUUGCCGCCGGCCGGCGCCGACAGUCCACGAGUUCCCACGGCAGCCACAGCUGCACCUCCACCAAACCCGCUGCCUCCGCUGCCGAAGUCGACUCCAACUAAAGGCACCACUCAGUCUCCCAAGUCGACUACACCAUCGAAAGACAGCUGCAUCGACCCGCCCGUCAUCGCCGAUAUCACCGGAGCGUUCAACUCGUCCGUCUACAAGCCGAGCGCCUUCCUCAACAGCACCUCACCCUCCGAGCUCAUCUGUCUAUUCAACAACACGCGCUUGUCCGACGGCACCGGCGCCACCAGACACUACUCGGUCCAGUCGCUGCCCUACCAGAUCUGCUCCAAGCUCGUCUACUGGUCGGUCGGCAUUGAAAACGGAAAGAUCAAGAGCCGCACGCCCGUGUUCGACCAGCUGUACGGCUUGCAACAACUGCGCCGCACCACGGACCACCUCGGCUACACGGGCAUCAAGAUCCUGGUCACCGUGGGCGGAUACGGCUCGGACACUCCUCAUUUCACCAAGGCGGGUAGCGACCCUGCCAUGCUGGGUAAGCUCACUAAUAGCGUCCUGGAGGCCGUGAGUGCGUACCGCCUGGACGGUCUCGCCCUGCACUGGGUUCAACCUCGCCCGGAGUGCCAGAGCGGCGGUGACCGCGUGUCCUUCGUCAGGGUCGUCCUCGGCUUUCACUGGGCCUUCGCCCGCAGCACAGUGCAGAGCGAGGGGAUCAUAGCUGUGAUCACGGAUAACGACCGCAUCAGCGCCGACUACUCCCGCAAGGUGGCUAACGUGGUGAAGUACUUCUUCGUGUUCGCCUACCGGAUACCGCCCAGGCUGCCCGACCCGUACCGACUCUGCGAACUGUUCACCGAGCAGACCAACUCCACCCUCCGCGAGUUUACCAGGAACGGUACAGACCCGGGCAUUAAGGCGAGCAGCCUCUGCAUCAUCGAGUCGCUGGCCCCGAUAACCGUAGCCGGAGUGUGGGACUCGACCACGGGCCGCGUCCAAAUGCCCGAAGACGGUCUACUCUACGGGCGUACACCCUUUCACGCGGCCUGCAACGAACAGAGCUUCUGCAAGGACAACCGGUCGCACUCGUGCAUCCUGCAGCGCGCGGGCGGCGAUAAGAACCACGUGACGUUCUACGCGAUCUCCUCGCUGGCGCAGUACCACGACCGCUUCAGCCUGGACGCCCUCGGCGUGGGCACGGGUGACGUGUGCGUGCUCAUCACGGACUUCGACUACGACAACUACGACGGAACGUGCAACGUGCCGUUCGUCCGGUACGUGCUCGUGAGGAACCUGUACUACGGUUCCCGAAGUCGGGUUCAGCCUUCGCAGUACGGAUUGUACAGGAAUCCCGACUGUGACCUGUUUUCGAAAUGACACUAUAUGUGUGUAAUAUAUCUCUUAUAUUUAAAUAC